AUGCUUCCGUCGACAGGGUAUUUUAAAGGAAAUAGUUGCCCUUUUUAUGAUAAUGGUUUAUGCGAGAGACCCUACUGCCAUUUUAGACAUGUUAAAAAAGAAUCUCAAAAUAUUAACAAUGACGGAAUCGAAAGUGGAGCGAUAUUACAGAAACUUGUGUCGGCAGCAGUACAAAAGGUUCUUCUGCAGAAGGAGGCCUCUGGAGCAACGACAGUGACACAACCAGAGAACACAGUAAACCAAGUUCCAAGUGUAGCUAAAGUGACGUAUAACCCUACGCCGAUAUCAGAGCUGAACAAGAUUAACAAUCCUGCACCUGACGAAAACAAUGAAGAAGUUGUUGAACAAAGAAAGAGACAUAUUCCUGUACCAUACACACCGAGGAAACCCGCAGGAUUACCUCUACAAAGGCCUAUUGACACUAAUGGAGCCUCUAAACCUUUUAUUUACAUUCCCCCACCUUUGAAAUAUACGCCAGGCAGUACAGAAAAUGUGCAGUGUGAUAAGUACACGCCUACCGGGUCAACAGUCUCAACCGAAAAGUAUUUGCCCGGGUCUGAGACAGAACUACAACAAUAUAAUCCCAAUGAAGGCUCAAAUAACUCCAGUAAACAUAAUUAUGUUCCAUCAGACAAAAACACUAGCAAGAAGAAGAUUUUAGAAUAUAAACCAACCAAAGUUAGUUCAAAGAGUGAAAUUCCAUCAGUUACCUACCAACCUACACCAAGGUCACUAGCACCUUGUUUUUCUAGUGAUGAAGAUGAACCUGAAAAUAAGAAAAGGAAACUGUCUUCUGACCUUAAUGGUUUAGAUGAUUUGGGCCCCGAGUUUGAUAUGUUAGAUCAAAUAUUAGAUGAGGAAAAGCCUGAUCAACAUAAAAUUAAAAAAGACAAAACAGAUAGUACUUUGAAAACAGUUAGUAGUAAAAGUAGUGUUAGCAAUAAUAAUGGUGACAAUAAGAAAACAGAUGACAAAAAUGAUUCAAGUAAAAGCAACUCUAAUAAAAAUCAUGACAGUAAAUCACAUCACAAAAGCAGCUCAGAUAGGAAAGAUAAAUCAAAGUCUGAAGAAAAAACGAAGCAAGAAGAGAAAUCAAAGAGUUCAGACCAUAAAUCUAAACAUAAAAGUUCAAGUAGAGAUAAAGAAAAGGAAAAGGAAAGGAAAGAUAAAGAUUCAUCAGAGAAAAACAGGCAUUCCAGUUCAAGAAGUUCUGAACGUAGCUCAAAACAUAGUUCAUCUAAGAAACAUGAUUCCAAAAAGCAUAGUUCAAAUUCUAAACACAAGUCUAAAACAAAAGAUAAAAGUGACCAUAAGUCAUCCCACAAAAGUUCAAAAGAAUCUAAAAAUAAUCAUGACAGCAGUAAAAAUAAUAAUAGUAAUAACUUAUCAGAUAAUGAUAAUGAUGACAUUAACAUUGAUGAACUUAUGGAGGAAGAAUUUGAUCAGGAGUCUGAUGAGGAUGCCAUUGCAUUGGAAUGUAAAAAGAUAUUUGAUGAAUAUGUUCCAGUGGAAAAACCUAAAAUUAUUGAGGACUCUAAUAAAAUUGAGGAUACAAAUGAAGAAGAGAUUGUAGUAGGAAAGAAAAGAAUAUCUAGAGCACCUGAAACAGUAAAAGCAGUACCUAAAGCUCCUAUUAAACCAGAUUUUAAAUUAAGUGCUGCACAAGCAAUGGCCCAACGGUUAGCUAAAGUUAGAGACUACCAUAGUGCAAGAAAUGCAAAUGUUUCUACAAAUAAUGAAAAACCACUCCUUAAAAGCAACUUCACUCCUCCCACAACAGGUAUCAGUAAAAUUCGAAUAGCUCAUGUGCCAUAUGCUUCCACUUUAUUAAAUGCUAAAAAGACUAUUUCACCAAGUCAGAAACUACCAUCUAGAAGUGAGCCUUCAACAAGUGCUACUAUCACACAAACUGUAAAAAAAGGGGCUCAAAGAGUUGCACAUGUACCUAAUGAGAAAUUUAUUGAUAGGCCAGGUGUUUUAGAACCUCUUGGUUCGAAAAUUCCUGCAAAUAUUAGAUCAACUUAUUUAAAUAUGAUGAUAGAUGAAUGUUUAAAAUUAUAUCUUAGUGCACAUGAUGCAUAUGCACGUGCACAACAUGAAGAACUGACUACGAGUAAAAAAUGUUCCACUGUACAAAUAUAUAAGAAUUCUGCAGUAUUAGCAGUUAGCCGCUUAAGAAAAGAAUCCCAAGAGAGCAAAGGAGUCAAGAAAUCAGCAUCUGAUUGUUCAACACUCCAAAAAGUACCAGGAAUGACACCUGGUAAACCAACGGGGUCAUGGAGCAUAGAGGGAAAGAAUAGAAAAAAUGCUGAUAAUUUGCAUGAGUUUGUAGGUGCAAAAUUAUAUAGUAACAUUAAAAAAUGGAUUUUAACCGAAGAACAAUUGAGACAAAAUGGCUUUCCUAGACCUCAUGAAAGUGGCCAAAAAGGAAAAGCUAUUAUUUAUGGUAAAAAUAAACAGAAACCACCAAAGGGUGUGUUCCGUACCUGUUGUAGAUGUAAGAAAGAUUAUACGGUGGAUAAGUUUGGUUUUGCGGCUACAAAGGAAGAAUGUAUUUAUCAUCCCAAUAAUAAGUAUAGAAUCAGAGGUGAAGCAAGGUAUCAGUGUUGCAGUCAAGACGGGACAUCUGAUGGAUGUUGUGUAGCUCCCAGCCAUGUUUAUGAAUAUGUUGACUUUGAAAAUUUAAAAGGGUUUGUAAAAACUCUACCUCCAGAAAAGGUUAUGGAUGACUAUGGAGUCUAUGCAUUAGAUUGUGAAAUGUGUUACACCACUCAUGGUUUAGACUUGACUAGAGUGACAGUUAUAAAUUCCUCUUGUAAAGUUAUUUAUGAGACAUUAAUUAGACCAUUGCACCCUAUUAUAGAUUAUAAUACCAGGUAUUCUGGUAUAACGGAGGAGCAAAUGCAAGGAAUUACUACAACAUUAUUAGAUGUUCAAGCUACCCUCCUUACCAUGUUUAACAGUAAUACUAUAUUAAUAGGCCAUAGCUUGGAAUCUGAUUUUAAAGUACUUAAAUUAAUUCAUGACACUGUAAUUGAUACAAGUGUCUUGUUUCCUCACAAAAUGGGCCCUCCUUAUAAACGAGCACUGAGGAACUUGUCAUCAGAACAUUUAAAGAAGAUCAUUCAAAAUUCCGUUGAUGGACAUGACAGUGCAGAAGAUGCUACAGUAUGUAUGGAACUAAUACAUUAUAAAUUAAAGGAAGACCUUAAAACUAGGUAA